UGCAUCUGAUAUUCCAACAUGGCCCAAGGCUUUCACGACAAACUUGCAAAUGUUCUAAGUUUCUUUUGUCCCUUAAUUCCCAAAAGAGACUUGGAUACAAAGAGAACACCACCACUGAAAUAUAGACGUUUGCCCCGAAAGCCUCGAUCGGAGCCAUGUUAGAGUAUUGAUAUAUCGAACGUGUCCUUGAUGAAAUUUUUUGUAUGCUUUUAUUGUUUUUAACACCCCCUUUUAUCUUUUAGCGCAUAUUUUUACCUCAUUAUCUCUGUCUCUCAACAUUGAACUUGGGGGCGUAAAUAUUAACUUGAAUCACGAAGUGAAAGCUUCUUUUUAUUACUCUCUGCCCACCGCCCCCCACGCUUCUCCGUUAUCUUGCAAAUCACCUUGCAACCUAGAAUAAAAGAAUCGAGUUUCUCGUCGGACCUCGAUUCAUCUCGCGUGGACCUCGCGUGUCUCACGCGUGAUGUCUGCUGAUAGAAUGUGGACCGGGAGGACUGGGCCCACAGAUUUCUACACGGAGGAAAUCAAGGAAGUUUUUGUGGGAAGAUUCUGUCUUGUAUGAGGGAUAAUUCACCAAAUACCGAACUUCUGUGGUAAAUGAUAGGAGUAUGCAUUCCUAUUAUCUUAUAGAAAACAGACGGAAACGUGUUACUGGUAGAAAUCAUCCCAAAAUUCUUCAACAAUAGAGACUAUGUACAUGUACGGCCACUGCCUUUCAUAGACUUUUGUAAUGCAGGCUGCCCAAGACAGCUCUGUUGUUAAACCCAGACAGAGAAGACUUAGUACUGCUCAUGCCCGGCGUCGAGCAAGAGUUUACUCCAACUCAGUCAAAAGAGAGUUACUGGAGGAGCAAAGUGUGGAUGAACUGAGGAGCUCACAUGAGUCAGGUCCGGGAAAUCUGGGAAAUGGAUCUGCAGGUUUCUUGAGAGGAUUGUUGGGUGAGACAGAUGGCCUUAUUAGGGGUGUAUCUGAGAGAUAUGAAACACAAAGAGAAAACAGUGACUGGAUUUACAAGACAUUCAAAAGAAAGGAAUGUAUCAGACAUGUCAGUGAUGAGAAAAAUCCUGGCCUAUGCUGUUGUGGUCGUCAUGAGAAUCAGCAUGGCAAGUUGACAACUGUUCAAGAAGAAAGUGAAGAAGUUGAGAUGGCAAGCAAUGCUGCAGAGGAGUCUGCAUACAACAGUCAGCCUGAGGAUGAAUUUGAGACAGAUGACAAGGUCAAGUUUGUCAAGAGUCAAGGUUGGUUUAAAAGUCAAUGUCUGUACUGUACUUCCGAUUAGGGCUGUGAUUUCAAUAGCUUAAUUAUUAACGGUAAUCAUUUUACAGAGAUUUUUCAUAGAUUCUUUGUACACUAAGAAGAACUUAAAUCUCUGACUAAUAAUUAUUUGGGCAUCAAUCCUGUUCACAUCAUGCUCAAACCCUAAGGUGAUUUUUGUAGCAGGUCGUUUUACACAGAGUCUGUAGCUCUACAGAUGGUGGUGCUAAUGUACAUGCACCUGUAUAUUAUUGUUCAGUCUUACU